UGCUAGGAAUUGAACCUGUGUCCUCUGAAAGAGCAGUCAGUGCUCUUAACUGCUGAGCCAUCUCUCCAGCCUCGCAUUUUAUUUUUCAAAAGGUCAAAUUCACCGAAAAUUUCAACUACUUUACAAAGAACUUUAUCCCCAGAAGCCAAUUUUGAAUAAGUGGUUCACCUGGGCUCCCUAAAGGUGAGGACGUGUUCUACGUUGUUGGAGCCGGGAUGGAAGCAGGAACUCUGCCGAGGGUGCCUUACAUCCCAUCAGUUGUCAACUGUGUCCUCCCGUGCAGAAUUGUUUGUGGCGUUGAAUUGUGUGUUCAUCUCCUCCAGCCUGAUACUGAUGCUUGUGCAAUGGCUCUCCAUCUACGGAAUCCCCAAACACUCACUGCUGGCUGGGUUCACACCAUAGGCAGCUCUCUCAGGCUAGCUGUACCCCACUGAUGGGUCCACAGCGUUCUUUAAGUAUUUUGCUUUCUGGCGGUGUGACACGUUUGGGUUCAUUUCCUGCCCCUCGGGUAGAAUGCUGCAUUCUGCGCUUACAUGCCAAGAGGGCUCAAGGUUUUGGAGGCUUUGCAGCUCCAAGGCCGUUCCAGGGACAGCUGGGAAACAGAUGUAGCUGCAUGCUUAUGUUAACGACACAGACGGAUUUCUCUGAAUGUGCUCAUGUUCACAGGGGCUCGUUGGGAGCUCUGCUUUUAACCAUAUACUGCAGGGUUCGUUCCAACUUCCUCUUUCUACAUGUUCAUAAACCGCUUCUCUGAAAAGAAGCCUAGUUCCCACUGUCUUUAGUAGGGUCUGCGUAUGUCAUCAGGGUCCCCGUGGUCUCUGCCACCACUCUCCUGCUCACAGUUCUCCCUCCCGGUGCUUGGGUUCUCACACUGUAACAAGGCCUUCUCCUUUCUAGCAGUGCCUCCCUCCAUCCUGCGGAGCUUUGAUGUCCUUUGCUGUGCAUCCAGGGGACACUGCCCCUGCUCCUCCUGACACUGCUACUCCAAGGCCCUCUGGUUCCUUUCUCGGCUCUGGUCCCCUCUUUUUCUCUGCCUCUCUUAUGACUUCCAGACAGAUUUUUGAGGAGAAAAUUGUGAGGGAAGGAAGGUCUAUCUUGCAUUUUUUUAAAUGAAAAGAAGUAACAAAAUUACAAAAUAAUCACAAGCAUUCUGUACCACUAAGACUGCUAGCUUGGUCACUGUCCCUUAGUGGCUAAGUACCUUGUAGACACUCUUUACCCCACUGAGCCUCAGUUUCCCCAACAAAAUGGGAAAGGAUAUUUCUGUGGGUACAGAGACUCAUUAAGCCAAUGUCAGGCCCAAAUAAUCACUGGAUGGAUUGAGCAAUGACAGCUAUUGGCUGUCUAUUAGAAUCUCCUGAAACGCUGACUUUCCGGGAGGCUGGCCAGGCAACUGGGUGGUUGUCCACAGCAGUGUAGCUAUGGCUCCCAAGCCUUUCUCCUUUGGCAGGCUUGCCUCACUUUUUUUUUUUCUCCUGUUUUGUGUGUCCUCAGCCAAGUUUUCGGAGGGUUUCCAAGACAGAGGUCCUUGUUUCCACAGCCUUAAGACGUGCAGCCCAGGCUGCAGUGACCACUGCUUUCUGACCCAGGCAUUGCAGCCAGAAGCAGCAGUAUGGGAUUUUGGAGCACCUACCUUCUUUUCUGCCUCUUCAUCUUGUCCCAGGUCACUGCAGAGUCACCCACCCCCAAGACCAAGAAAGCCACAAAUGUCAAGAAAGAUGUGGUGAGCCCAAAGAUGUUUGAGGAGCUCAAGAACAGGCUGGACAGCCUGGCGCAGGAGGUGGCCCUGCUGAAGGAGCAGCAGGCCUUACAGACCGUAUGCCUAAAGGGCACCAAAGUAAACCUGAAGUGCUUCCUGGCCUUCCCUCAGCCGAAGACCUUCCAUGAGGCCAGCGAGGACUGCAUCUCCCGUGGGGGCACACUGGGCACGCCGCAGUCGGGGCUGGAGAACGAGGCACUGUUCGAGUACGCGCGCCAGAGCGUAGGCAGCGAGGUGGAGAUCUGGAUGGGCCUCAACGACAUGGCCACGGAAGGCACCUGGGUGGACAUGACCGGCGGCCGCCUGGCCUUCAAGAAUUGGGAGACAGAGAUCACGGCGCAGCCCGACGGCGGCAAAACCGAGAACUGCGCCGCCCUGGCCGUAGCGGCCAACGGCAAGUGGUUCGACAAGCGAUGCCGCGACCAAUUGCCUUAUGUCUGCCAGUUUGCCAUCGUGUAGCCUGACCCCUGCGCUAAGGGGCGCGGCCUGGGCCGGGGAGGAGUGAGGGCCACAAAGAGGAGGGUGCUAUUGGUGGGUGGGGCUUGUGGGUUGCUAAGGGGCGGGGCGUCGGUGGGCGGAGCCGAGCUCCAGAGAAGGGUGGGGGCGUGCGUGGUGGUUCCUGGUGAGAGAAAAGCAGAUGCAAGGUCCUGAGAGGGGCGGGAGAGGCCUUUCUGUCUUGGGUUCCUCCUUGACUGUUUUUUUGCAAAUAAAGCUGGUUCAGAAUCCCUGAA